AUGGUGCAAAUAGCAAAAAUGCAAGUUGAAGCUGAGAUCAAAGCCAGUGCUGAAAAGUUCUACGAAGUGAACUGGAGUACAGAAUACGAGAAGCUGAACGAGGAUUCUCCACCUCCCAAUAAGUAUCUGGACUUUGUUCUCAUUCUCAAAUAAAAAGGUUGAUGCCUACCUUCUCAAGGCAUAAUGGAUCGUCCCUUUGCAUGUGGGACUGGUAUGAUAUGCAUUCUGACUACUUCUAGGAAUCUAAUUCUAUGCAAUUAAUCCUUCUUCUUCU